CGCUCUGCUCGGUGCCACCCGCUGACACUGACGUCCCGCCACAUCCAGGAGGUCCAUAAAAUGUUGGGACAGCUACUUAUUUUUUUAUUUCUUCUUAGUCCAAGUCACUUAUGUUUGCUGUCAGAUAGUUAUAAUGAUAAUGGAAAGCCUGAUGUAACUCAUGUCCAUAAUGGAGAACCAAUUUUUGUCAAAUGUCCACUUGAACCACCAGAGGCCGACAACAGUUACAACAUAACUUGGUUUAUAAAUGGCUCAAAGACAGAAAUUUCCAGAGACCUACAGGCAAGAAUUCAUCAAGAUAGCAACUACCUGAAAUUUUUACCUGCGAGGCUGGAAGAUGCAGGCUUUUAUUUAUGUGUGUACAGAGAUUCAAAUGGAUGUUGGCAGGAGGUUUUAGAAGUGGACGUGUUUCAGAAUGAUGAUGGCUUGUGUUAUAAAGAU